UACCAGCAAAUUAGCAAGUUAAUUUAUUCUGCAAUCGCCUGAGUUAGCAUAAGCAACGUCCACAACAGCCAGAAAGGAUUCUUGGUCACGUGGUCAGAUCAUCAGUCAGUCAGCUACAGCCGCUGUAGCAAGAGAGUUCGGCCGCCUUGUCAACACGUGCACAGUUGGCUGGGGUGGCGGGAAGUGACACAAUAUGUCAGACUGGUACCUGCCAGCUUGUUAGAAUGGUGCCUUCAGUACAGAUAUCAGAGCUUUGUUAGAAUGGUGCCUCCACACACCCGUUAACAUGUCAGAACGGUGGCGCCUUGAGUACAAAGAAACUGGUGCCCUGUGUACAGACCCAUUUCAUUGUCGGGUGGCUGGAGAGACUCGUCCGACUGUCAGCUUGGUGCCUCAGACACCCACCCAGCACAACCGCCCGCCACGUCUCCCAGACACCUGCCAGCGAGCUGCUGAGCUACAGUCACUACCUGUGAUGAGAGGGACAGCUGUCAACAUGCAGCUGGAGGAGACCAUUCCGUGGGAUAGGGAGACGCUCGGCUUUGGGGGUAGAGGGCUCCAUGUUGACAGUGAACGGCGUUCACAUUCUUGCCUCAGAAGAACCUUUAGUGGAACAUCAUACAACAAAGAUUUCCGUCAUGGAGAAAUCUGAACGAUAAUAUAAAAUACAAAAUUUAUAAAGGUCUGCACAAAGUUUUAUUUGAAAUUUUCUUUAACAAUUCAGUCACGUCAAUGUUAGUUCAUGCGUGCAUUGUAACAACUGAAAAUUCAAAUUGCAAGAGCAGCGAAGCUCGCAGCAAUGGUCCAGUAUGGAGGAGGACUUAAAGCUCUGAAGACUUUAGUGUAAAAACAUUUUGCUGUAACACUGCCACAGACAAGACAGAGCACGUGGUCAGUCCAGGGUAGUGACGAGUGACGACAGCCACAAGCCGUUAGCCACACACCUGCGGCGCUCACUCGCUGGACGGCCGUCACCAACCACAGGUCACAAGACAGCGAGCGACAAGACCAGCCUCCAUCAUGGCCGCACUCCACAGCACGCUCCCACGACUCUUCCUCGCACUUGUUCUCGUGUUCAUGGCGCAUGGGCAGAACAUCCAGCCAGGCAUGACCGUUCGCCUGCCGCUGGGGGAGGUAAGGGGAGUGCUCGUGACCUUGCCACAGGGUCAGGUGUAUCAGUUUCUGGGUAUUCCCUAUGCUCUCCCUCCCGUGGGCCAGAGAAGGUUCCAGAAGCCAGCCCCGAUAGUUGAGAAGUGGGGAGUCCUGGACGCCUCGCAGUUCGGUCCCUCCUGUCCCCAGCCUGGAAGACGAGACAGGACCAGCGAAGAUUGUCUGUACCUUAACGUGUAUGUCCCAGCCACCGCCUCCCUGUCAGCUCCCAUCAGUACUCCCAAAGCCGUCAUGGUCUGGAUCCAUGGGGGAGGGUUCCAGGUAGGGGCUGGCAGGGACUACGAUGGGGGCACAAUGGCAGCACAGGGAGACGUCGUUGUGGUGACCAUCAACUACCGCCAAGGCAUGCUGGGAUUUCUGUCCACUGAAGAUGCGGCCAGUCCAGGGAACUAUGGGCUGUGGGACCAGCGCUUGGCCUUGCAGUGGGUCCACAGCUACAUCGCACCCUUUGGCGGCGACCCGGGAAAGGUUACAAUUUUUGGCCAGUCUGGAGGGGCCUACAGUGUGGGUUUGCAUGUCCUCUCCCCUCUCAACAAUGGACUCUUCCAUCGUGCCAUUAUGCAAAGUGGCACGGGCAUAUGUCGCCGAACUAUCGCCCUUGACCCCUCUGGGUACGCUAGGCGGUUUGGCGAGCAGCUCAGGUGCCUUAGUCGUACAGGCACUGGGUUCGACACCCAGUUCUUGGUGGACUGCGCGCGCAACCGAUCAGUGGAGGAGAUCCUCCAGGCGACAAGCAACGCCGGGCGGUGGCCAGAGCUGGUCUACAGGCUGCUGGUGGCACCCUCCGUGGACGGCGAGUUGGUGCCCGUGGCCCCCCGCUUGCUUCUCGACCCUUCCUACGGCCAGCAGGUGCCCUUCUGGUCUAUCGACAUCAUGGUGGGCACCAACAACGCAGAGGGCGGCUUGGUCAUAGGGCCUCUGAUACCAUGGCAACGACAGCUUGGCUUUAACGCCGUCACUGGCAUCCCUACACGUGUUCUGUGCAGCAACAUCUCCCACUCUCUGGCCAAUGACUACUUCAACGGGUCUGAAGCUUUGGCACAGGCGCUUUGCCGGCAAUACACAUCCACCGAGAGUGAGGUGGACCAAGCCCGCGCUGUCGUGGACAUGUAUGGCGACAUGAUGUUCGUGUCAGCUGCCGUGGAGACUGCCCUCAGGCACGCCGGCGGCACUGGGGCGACCCGAAGCACCUUUCAGUACCUCUUCUCCCACCAGCCUCGCAGCAGCAGCUUGGCCAGAUCCUUUCCUUGGUUUCGAGGGGCAAGUCAUUCUGAUGAACUGGACUUCGUCUUCAAUAUGAACCUUCGCGACCCUGCCGAGCUUCGACUGGCACGGGCCAUCAGCGACGCCUGGACCAACUUCGCCAAGUUCGGAACCCCAAAUCAACCACAGAGCCAAGCCAGCUUUCAGUGGCCAGCCUACAGCCUUGACACAAAAGCCUAUACCAACCUUGACCUGGUGAUUACAUCUGAACGUGACGUCUUCUCACAACGGAUGGCUUUUUGGUUGAGUCUUGUGCCUCCAGUCACUACCCAAUUGUCAUCUGCUGCCACCCAGAAUGCCAGUCACCAGUCGAGCAUCUACAGUGCUGCUGAAACAGCAUCAAAUGCUGCUGGACGUGCCAGCAAUGCUGACCACACUCACCUGAGGACAGUAAUUGUGGUGUUGUAUGUCCUGGCAUGCACAUGUUGGCGAGGCCUGUAGUGCUCUUUCUAGUCUGGUCCCUAAUGUUUUUAGCAAUCUUUUCAUGCCCCUAAUUAAUGUCAUGAGUUCUGGACUUAUUACACAAAUCCUUUGCCAAAAAAAUUUAUUUUAGGUAUCAAAUUGAUAAUGCAGGACAGAAAAGAUACUGGAAAACAUGUAGCUGUAUAAUCAUGAGCGCUGUCAAUGGAGAGUUUCUCAUUACCCUUUUUGCAGUUGUCAUUAUGUUCUUCAUUAUGCUGAAGUUGAUAAAGCCUUGUACUUAGCAUUAAAAUGCAAAUUAGCGUUCUCCUUUGCUUUCAUCUACUGUAUAGCACAAACUGUAUGUGCUAGGAGUGAGUUGACUCUGCUCUUUUCUACUGACUAGCAUAGACAUUCGUGGAACAAAUUGGACUUUGCCCUAAUCUACAAACACAAACUAGACAAACAAGGAGUCAGACCUUGGGUUAUUCUGUGCUUAACCUUGAAGAUGAAUAGUCAUAAAAUGUUUUCCUGUUUGUUAUCACUGAAUUGAAUAAUUCAGAAAUCACUGACUAGAUAAUCACAAAUGCCAAUACAGUUCUUAACUUCAGAGUUGCAAUUUCCCUAUAAAAUCAUGGUUUGGUAGCCAUUUUUUUUUAAUGAAACAAAAUUCUGUACCUGGAAAAUAGUGCAAGUUACUUGAUUACGUCCUACUUGACAAGAAAUUGUGUUUUCCUCAAAUAUUUUUUUUUAUCUUCAAAUGCUUUUUUCUUUCUUGUGUCCUUAAGUUAUUUAUGCUUUGGAAUUUAUAUGAUUAUAUUCUAUUAUGACAUGGAUUUGUUGUAAAAAUAAAUACAUGUAAUGGCUGCAGUAGCACUUUUUAAUUUCAUAGAAUAAUAAAAAAGCAAUAAAACAGAGGCCAUUAUUUCAGCUGUUUGGGGAAUCCUGCCAUGACUAGCAUGUUACCAUGACAUGUACAUGAGCAGUUUGAAAUUGUCAUCUCAGUACACAGGACUUUACCCGUGUACUUCAAUCACCCACCCAUACACACCAACCAUGCUGACUAUGAAAAUAAUAACUUUACAUGGUGCUAAUAUUUGGCUAUUAUGUUGUUUGUUUAUUUCUUACUGUUAAGAGGUUCUUAAGCACCAAGACAGAAUGGAAAGAAUGCAGGGGCACUGUUAAUUCUAACAACGGGCUUCUACUUAAAUGUGAAAUAUUAUAUACAAAUCAUAGCACUACUUUAAAACAUCCUAGAAAACAAAGCAUACAACCUAAUGGCCUGCAGAUAUUUACAUUGGAAAUGCCAUUCUUGUUUAACUUGUAAAUGGAUUAAAAAGCCAUCUCAUUAUUUAUACUUGCAGAUAUGUUUGAAAUUAAUUGAAAACCAUCACAUAGUCAACAAAAACAUUUUAUUUACAUGUCAUUAAAUAUUCACGACACUUAUCUUUUGAACAUAUCAUUUGUCUACAAGUGUUUUUGUAUGUGUGAUACAUAGAAAAGGGUAUGCUUAAAAUUUUCUGCAAGGAUUCAACCAUGUCAUACAUUAAAAAAAAAAA